CACAAGCUUCCUUGCACGUCCGCCCUCCUCCCCUGCCAGAUCGGGCGACACAAAAAACAAGCAAUGCCAAGCCCGGGGCGGGCUGGUCUUGGCAUCCGGGGGUCAGUUGCUUGUAUGCAUCAAGGUAACUACAUCCAGUAUACAGUACCUACGUUCGCCUACGUAUCUCUCUGCCCGGCUUGGCUUGCAGGCACGCGCGAUAGCCAGGCACGUCAACUGCCGGACGAUCAGGCAAGGGGGAACUUGUGCAAGACCCUGCAAAAUGCCAGCCGGGCAUGAAACGGCCAGCCUGGGACCAGGGCCCAGAAGGCCUCGUCACCCUGAAUGUCGCUGGCAUUAUCACCUACCUACCUACCUGCUCGUCUCUGAAUCGGCGGUCAGGGAUGGCCUCCCGGGCCUGAGCCGGAAAUAAAGUUCAAGAUGAUCAAGGUUACGAGCCCACCACCCCAAGGCCCACACGGACCAGUCCUCCACCCGACUGCGCGACUUAGCAGCUGGGCACCUGGGCCAGGCCGGCACUGCAUGGCCACCUAGCCUGGCGUUUGCAUGAUCUCGAGAAAAGGGGUGAGGCUUGCGUCACCUCUUCUCUAGCGCCGCCGACUGACGGCCUGCUCCAGCGCUCCCUGGCGCGGGGGUGAGGGGCUCCAGACGCAUGAUGGCGGCAAAGAGGAAGCCGGAUGGAGCGGGUCGAGGAGCGACAUGGGAUGCCCCAAAGCCCAUCGGGCGGCGUACACGGAUGGCAUGUGAGAUGGAUGGGAUAAUGGCUAUGAGACGGGCAGCUCUCUGUAUCCUGUUGUAUAUAUUUGGUGCCCCUUCCCGCUCGCUCCCGCCUUUCUCCCUCCAGUGUCUUCAGCCCAUCAUCCAAACUCUAUCGUACCAGGCCAGUUCCUCUCAUCCCAUCCAGCCCAACGCAGGUCGUUCUUCACCACCUUUCACAAAAGACGCAAACAUGUUUGGAUUCGACGAGGCCAAGGAGCACCGCGACGCCGUCUACGGCGACCAGGCCCACGAGUCCAAGCUGUCGCACGAGAUGAUCGCCGGCGGCGCCGCCUUCGAGGCCAUGCACCUGUGGGAGAAGAAGCAGCGCGAAUCGGGCCAGCCCGUCGAGCACGGGCUCGCAAAGGAGCUGCUGGCUGCCGCCGCCGGCUUCGAGGUCGACAAGCUGGCAGAGACCAAGGGGCUCGACUUCAUCGACCGCGAGCGCGCAAAGCACGACGCCAGGAAGCAGGCCGAGCACAUGUACGACCAGCAGUACGGCAACAUGGACCGCUACGACCCCAACGAGUGCAGGCCGCACGAGUCGAUGCAGUGGUAGAGGGUGAGUUGCAAGGGGAUAUAGAGGAGGGUACGAUGUUGCCAUGCGGCCCAAACAGAACUCGUCAGCGAGUGACAGGAAUUGAAUGUUUUGGAACCUAGGUAGCUACCCCAUGCAUUCGCUACCAAGCGCUUCCAAUCAAGCAGCUCCGCCCUGCUUUUUGACAUAGUCGUCGUUGGCCUUCUUCUGCUUUUCCCAGUCCUUGCGUAGUUUCUUCAGCGCCGACUUGGUCACCUCGC